AUGAGGGCUUCUUAUGUGCAGCCCAAGUUGGCCACACGGUUGGCAUUGAGGGAUGCACUGGAGGGUCUCCAGAACCCUCCCAAGCUCGAGGGAUGGCUCUUUCCUGGAGCCAUUAAAUCGGUGUUCAGGCCGGGGGCGUUGCCAGUAAGCCUCAACGGGGAUGGAGAGCUAAGGGUUAUCCUUGCUCUGGUGUACGUCAAGGAGAAUGAAUCACCUAUGUCCAUACCUCUGGUCGUCGAGGUCGUGAAGGAUAGGCUGCGGCUCUUCUUCCGCCAGCCCAUCACCGCCCAGAUCUUCACCGGGCUUUGCUGGUGGAGGGACCCUACGCUGCGGUACCGGCCCGAGGCCUUCAACAUGUACAACCUCAAGUACAGGACCUGGGAACACCUGCCAUCCUCCCCCGAGCCACCCGAGAGGUGGAUCGACAACUCCGUUUACCUCCCCCUUCCCCUUCGCCACAUCCCGAUCUUCAAACCGGCGUCGCUCGUGACCACACCAUACCCUGAGGGAUUUUCACUUGGGUGUAAGCGUAUCACGGCCGUUUGCUCGAUGAAGGUCAGUUUUAUUCCCCACAUCCAGUUUUUGUGGCCGCGUGGCCUCAAAAACCUUCCAUCGUACGUCAAGGUGAAGUGGACGGUCGGUUCUGACGAUGAUGGGAUCGUCGCGACCUGCCCUGGGUUCAGCGAGGAAGGGAAUGAGAUGUGGGAGGUUGACCCAGAGCGGGAGGAUGAGGAUGCGGCUGCGGCUGCGGCUGCUUGA